CUUGAAAUUCUUUUUUAUAACAACGUGACACGAGGACGAAGGUGAGGGAGAAAUAAACCACAUCGUAAACUGAGAACGACCACGUGAGGAAAGAACAGCUUAUAAACAACGCCGAGAAGAGUGACAUAUCCUACGAAAAGCUUCACACACCCUGGUACUUACUGCACAAGAAAGAUGCUGUAUAUAGCACUAGCGAUUAUUUUUACUACAGUGGUAAACAGUGAACAACUACCAGAGGAGAAACUAGAUGUACCUGCAUUGAUUAAAUAUUGGGGUUACCCUGUUAACACCUACACCACGCUUACCAACGAUGGUUACUUUCUAACUCUGCACAGAAUCCCACAUGGUAUACCGCACUACAUGAGUAAAAAACCAAGACCAGUCGUUUUUCUACAGCACGGAUUGCUUUGUUCCAGUUCAAACUGGGUGACAAACCUACCAAGGCAGAGUCUGGCUUUUAUGCUUGCUGAUGCAGGUUUUGAUGUUUGGCUGGGCAACGUAAGGGGUAAUACUUAUUCAAAGAAACACGUUACAUACUCUGUUGACAGCACUGCAUUCUGGGAUUUCACGUUUGAUGAAAUGGCCAAGCAAGACCUGCCAACUAUGAUCGAUUUUGUUUUAAAGGAAACAGGCAAGAAAAGCUUGUAUUAUGUUGGCCACUCUCAGGGUACCAUGAUGGCUUUUGCAGGGUUGAGCGAAAAUGCUGAGCUACGAAAGAAGAUCAAAGUAGUGUUUGCUCUUGCACCUGUGGCGCGGUUAAGCCACACGGAGAGCCCUAUCAAGUACCUGUCCUAUUUUGAGUCCGGCUUCAGUUACAUGUUUAAACUGCUCGGGAUUAAAGAUUUUAUGCCCUCAGCAACGUGGAUGAAGUUUUUCGCCGAGAAAGCUUGUCCAAUCAGCGAACGUAUGUGUGACAACGUCCUAUUCUUGCUAGCUGGUUAUGACCGCACGAACUUAAAUAAAACUCGUACGCCGGUUUAUUUGUCGCACACACCGGCUGGAACAUCGGUAAAAAACAUGCUCCAUUUUUGCCAGCUCAUCCAAGAGAAGAAGUUCCAACAAUACGACUAUGGUUACUUCGGAAACAUUCGAAAAUACGGCGCGUUAAAACCACGUGCUUACAAACUCAACAAAGUAACCAAUAAGGUCGUUUUAAUAUCUGGUUCGAAAGAUUGGUUGGCUGAUCCGAAAGACGUCAAAUGGUUGUCAAAGCAACUUCCCAACGUAGUUUACGCGGAACAAGUAAACGGAUACAAUCACUUGGACUUUAUAUGGGGAAUGAGCGCUAGAAACAAAGUGUACAAAACCAUCAUUAAAAUGGCGCGAAAAAUGGAGCAAUCGAACCAUUAAUUGUGAAAUCGAACAAGCGUCAUAUAAUAAAAACGAAACGUUGUUUACACUGAAAUUAACAACAUUGUUUAACUCGCUAUAGCAUGACAUUUUUGUGUAAAGUUUUUCGAGUUAUCAAAUAAACAUUCUCUUGCCGAAUAUAAACAAACAUUCUUCAAUCUAAUAACAAGUUGAUUUUAUUUGA